CCUGGCAGGGCAGGUGACAUCACGCGGGGCGGUGACCUGUGGCCGUGGCGGUUUAAGGUGCGUGCGCGCGCCCCCGGGCUCCUCAGCAUCCUCAGCAGUGAUGGAGCUGAAGCGCGUGGUGGGCCAGUGCGCGCCGCUCUUCUUCCUGGCGGUGACCUUCGACGUGGUGGGCUUCCUCGUGCUGCUGGUGGGCCUGGCCGCGUCCCCGCAGCUCGGAGGCCGGUAUUACGGGGACUUCCUGGCGCUCACCGGCGCAGUCUUCAUGUUCUUCGGCCUGGGCAUGUGGGUGAUGUGGUACGCGGGAAACCUCGGGGUAGAUGGCAAGAGGCGCACCGGAUUCGGCAGGAUCGCCAGGCAACUGAGCUCGCUGCGGGGGGCAGGAGGGGGGUGGAAAGAGGAGGAAGAGGAGGAUGAAGUGGAGGUGUACGUGGACGAGGAGGAGAAGAAGGAGAAAGGGGUAGAGGAGGAGAAGGAGAAAGAGAAGGGCCAGGAGGAGGAGGAGAAGGAGAAGGACGAAGAGGAGGACAAGAAGAAGGAGAAGGAGGAAGAGGAGAAGGAGGAAGAGGAGAAGGAGGAAGAUGGAGGAAAGGGCGAGGAGAACGGUGCUUACACCAACGAAGCCUACGAGCCCACGGACAACGAGAUCGUCUAAGAGCGGGUUUCCUCGACGUCGACGCCCUUGUGGAGGAUUCCAUCACCUCAGAAAUCAGAACUUGUACCUAUUUUAUCGUCACUUUACUUCACUGUAUUUCUGCCUCAAAUCUGAACACACACCUGUGAGCACUGUACAUCCAUAGAUAUAUAGAUAUAUUUAUAUACAUGCACACAUACUGUACACAUCUACUGUAUCAGGUGCACACGCUGUGUGUGUGUGUGUGUGUGUGCUCUUUAGGGGAAGUCUUUGUUUGUUUCUCGUCUAAAGUUUCAUCAUUGUUUGCACAAUUUUUUUUCCUCUCUCUGAGCUUGAGCCACUCGCCCGCCCGGUGUUUGUUCUGCCAGGGUGUUGUGCUCCAGCGAGAGGAUUUCACUGUCAAACCGGACGAGGCUGGAUGCAAACGCCGGGCUUAUGUGGGCUUAGCUUACUCUCACUUACGAGGAGCUUUUAUCGUAAUAAAAAGAAGAAAGAGAGCGAGAGAGACAGGAAGUGAGAGUGGUCAGACUGGUUUUAAUAAAAACGUCUUUGGUUUCACCGUGUCCUGGAAAAUCACCAACGUCCAGAACCGCUCAGCUUCAUCACUCACGCUCAGCUUACACUCUUUUAUUGUAUUUAUUUAUUUAUUUAUUUAUUUAGUCACUGUCACUUUACAUCAUCACAACAUACACCUUUAUCAGUUGAUUAAUUAUCUACUGGUUGUAUAAAG